AUGAAUCCCCUGAAGGCUAAAAAGGUUGACAUCAAGACUCUAUCCCCAGAGGAGCAGCGGCUCUUCCGGCUGUACGGCAAACUACCUAGCCGCAGCGACCACUUUGCCAAGCAUCUGAAGGACCGCAAGUACUUUGACAGCGGCGACUAUGCCAUGAGCAAGGCGGGCAAAGGCGAUAGCGUCGACACCGGCUCGGUGGGCAGCCAGCACCCCGUACCCGAGGACAUCCCCCACCUCUCGAGCCCCAUAAACAGCCCCAGCGGCAUCAGCAACAUGCUUCACGCGCACCAGCAUCACAGCAGCCUGCAAGCUGGCAGUCCAGUCAAGGAGAGCAGUUUUCUCAACCAAGAGACAAACGCCGAGGAAAUAGAGGUAGACAAUGUAGACGCCGUCUUGCCUAGAAUAGAGACAAGCGUAACCACAAAUAUCAGCCAGCUCUACAGGUAG